CAACACCAAGCCAGAAGCUCCGCACCUGGGCAGCCCCAGCGGCGACCGGACGGGGACAAACACCGCAGCCGCACUUGUCACUGCCAGGAGCCCCAGCAGCCUCGCGACUCUGCCCUUCUCCCCGGCACCCUGCUCUACCUGCAGCACUAUCCACGUUUGCUCGUCCUCUUCAGCCCGCCUUCCAGGCGUCAUCCCUCUGCCGAACAACCGCCCGCCCGCAUUCCCGACCCCUGCGGCCGCACCGCGCUCCUGUAUGGGUGACGACAUCCUGAGCAAAUAUGAACGGCGUCUCGCGAUUCCUCAGCCGGCGUGACAAGCACCAUGAGAAGCGCUCCUCCAAGCACAUGCGCAGCAAAUCUCGGCAAACGUCGUCUAACGUUCCAUCGGAUCUGUACAGGGUAUUCACGAACGAGGAUUUGAUCAUCACAGACAAGGAUGGAGACAAGAAGGUAAAGGCCCUCGUUCAGCGGCUACAGGCUGCCGGCAUCUCGACUCUCGGCGAGGCGCACGCCAAAUACGCUCUCUCAUGGUUCCCGGACCAUCUCGACCAGGCGUACGACCUUCUCGUGCUCGUGAACGAAUCCUUCGAAGGCGAACUGAAGGACUACGACCCGGAUGUGACAAUGCUGGGUGCCAUAAAUCGCAACAUGGUGACGUGCUAUCUGGACGCUCUGCUCUUCGCCAUGUUCGCCCGGCUCGACAGCUUUGAGGCAAUGCUUUACGACGAGUUCAGUGACGAGCCGAGGAAAAAGCUCGCUGGUGUCCUAAGGCUGUGGGUGAACCUGCUCCGAACCGGGCGCCUCAUCAGAGUAGACCUCACCAAGCAUCUUCAAGAUUCGUUAGCGAAGUGCGGAUGGGAGGAAGCUGCCCAAGUUUGCCAGCAGGAUGCCUCCGAAGCCUUCACCUUCAUCACCGGCGCGCUUGAGCUCCCGUUGCUCACGUUGAAGAUGGAUAUAUACCAUACUGGUCGCGAGGACAAGGAAGACGACCACAAAUUCGUGAACGAACGGUUGUUGGAGGUCGCGAUUCCCGAACAAGAAGGCGACAGGGUGGUUACGCUGGAAGACUGUCUCGAGACCUACUUCAACAACAGAAUCGAGGUCAAGCGCUACCUGCAACGACAAAAUACACUGGCAUCCAUCAAGUCCGCAGACAAAGAUCCUGAAAAGGGCCAGAUCAUACAUAUCGAGGCGAUUGAGGUGUCAGAGUCCAAUUCACCGAUUGUAGCAACCCCGACGUCGAUUGGUCCAGCUUCUCCCGCUACGCCUGUGAGACCACAGCUCGCGGGGCGCCGUCGCGGAGACAGUAUCUUUGCCGAGAGAUAUAACAUUCCUGGGAAACUGGGCGACGAGAUCCUGUUCGACGAGAAGAAGCAUUUGGAAGAGAUGUUGAGUAGCAGCUCUGCUGGUCGGCCACGAUCAGCAUCUCUCCUGAGAAAGGAAGUCAUGAUGCCGGCUUGGCAAUUUUUCAGCCUCAUCCCUUGGUACACGGAUAACGCGCCUAAGAGCGAUGCCCAGGUAGCCGCGCACUUCUCCGCGAAACGUCCUGUGCUUGGCAUAUGCCUCAAACGCUACACUAUGCUUCCCAAUGGUGCGCCUAAGCGUCUUGACACUUAUAUCGACAUUCCAUUGGAGAUUGGCUUGCCCCACUUUAUCUCGGAUGAACGCAUGGAAGACGAAGGCCCGUUAUUUGGUAACUUCAAGCUUGUACUCCAGUCCGUUGUCUGCCAUCGAGGGGUCUCGGUUGAUUCAGGACACUAUGUAUCCCUUGUUCGCGCAAACGAGAAACCUUCUCGUCACCGUCCCGGCACUUCUCACUCUGAUGAGGAAGCCAUCGUCGAUUCCUGGCUGCGCUUCGAUGAUCUCGCAAACCCACGCGUAGUGAACAUCGACAUCGCGCAGGCACUGCGCGAGGAGUCGCCAUACCUAUUGUUCUACCAGGUUCAGCCGAUUGAUGAGGAGCUGGCAACGAGGGGCGACCUUCCGACCUAUGCAGAGGCGCAAUCGGAAAUUCCUACCACCGAUCCGUCCAGGGAGACGCUUACUUCUAUGACUGAUGCUACCACAACCGAUACGGAGACUGGCGGCGAAUGGGAGAAGGUGACGAAUGCAGAUGUGGAAGUGCUCCAUCUCGACUCGGCCAACUCUUCGGAGCCCGCCGGGCGCAGCAGCAUAUCCAGCAAUCACCGCAGCAGCAUGGCGUUUGAAGAUCUCGACAACAGCGUGCAGAGCCUCCCCCGCGGUCGAACAGACCCCACAACGCCUUUAGAUGAGCAGAAGCCGGGUCUCUUAUCCACGUCACGCCGCAAUUCCAAGACUUGGCUGCCGGGCGGUAAGAGCCGUCCUAGCAGCCAGAGCGGUGAAAACAGGUUAUCUCUUACUCUAUCCAGGCUAACCGGCCGGAGCAGUAAAGAUAAACUUCAAAUCACCGAUAACGGGUCCGCAGACGAUCCCAUCAUUGUCAUCAAUGAAGUCCAAAGUGUGGAAAAUGGUGAACAGAACAGGAGCCCAGUGAAAGAGAAGAAGGACGGCGGGCUCGGGCGCAGCAAGAGUAAGAAGGAGAAGAAAGAAGAAAGGAAGCGAUUACGGAGUAAAAGCAGGGAGCCACGCGAUGCUGUGGCGGUCAAAGGGAAGCACAAGGCGAAGGAAAGACCGGAUCGCGAGUGCGUUGUGAUGUAAAGGACCGGUCCCUUUGUGCAUAUGGGGUUCGGGACUUCACCUGCAUUCAUUCUUAGCGUUGCAUAGGGAUGUCGCUCGCCACCGGACCGUCUAGGCGUGGCGGCCUCGGAGGCUGAGGACCAUGUGCGUUUUGGAGCACGGCGUUCUUUGCAUAUAGACACAGGGCUGGGGUACGAGCAUGCGCACAUACGAUAGAUGAGAUACCCCGAACUGGAAUGAGUAAUAAGACAUGCU